AUGCGCAAUAUCGGCAUCAUGGCACAUAUUGAUGCCGGGAAGACCACUGUCACCGAACGCAUUCUCUAUUAUACCGGCAAAGUCUAUCGGAUCGGGGAUGUGGACGAUGGCACCACCACUAUGGAUUGGAUGGUGCAAGAACAGGAACGCGGGAUUACGAUUACUGCCGCCGCAACAACCUGUCAGUGGAAAAAACACCAAAUCAAUAUCAUUGAUACACCGGGGCAUAUUGACUUUACCGUCGAAGUUGAACGCUCACUUCGCGUCCUUGACGGUGCAGUCGCUGUUUUUUGCGCAGUCGGCGGGGUUGAACCUCAAUCUGAAACUGUUUGGAGACAAGCAGAUAAAUACGAUAUACCUCGAAUCGCGUUUGUCAACAAAAUGGAUCGAACCGGUGCCGAUUUCUUUCGCACCGUUGAAAUGAUGGAAGAACGCCUCGGUGCUGCAACAAUCCCAGUGCAACUUCCAAUCGGUUCAGCAGAACAAUUCACAGGUAUCGUAGACCUCAUCUCCAUGAAGGGCCAAGUCUGGAACGUUGGAAAAGACGCUGGUAGCGAUGGUACUGUCAUUCAAGAGACAGACAUCCCCAAGGAAAUGGAGGAGAUGGCAACCGAAUAUCGAGAUCGGAUGUUAGAGGCUAUCGCCGAUUACGACGAAGAACUUAUGCGCAAAUACGUGGACGGUAUUGAAGUUUCACCCGAAGAGAUUAAAGCAGGAAUACGGAAUGCUGUAAUUAAUGGCAAUAUUGUCCCUGUUCUAUGCGGAACUGCACUAAAAAAUAAAGGCGUACAACCCCUCUUAGACGGGAUUGUUUCCUAUCUACCGGCACCCACCGACGUGCGGCCAGUGGUAGGGUUUAAUCCGAAGACCGAGGAACAAGUAACGCGUCCCCCAAGUGAUAAUGAACCUUUUUGUGCAUUGGUGUUCAAAAUCAUGACGGAUCCGCACGUUGGUAAACUUACCUUCCUACGUGUAUAUUCCGGUGUCCUCAAGAAAGGGGAUACGGUCUACAACAGUAAAACGAGAAAGCACGAACGGAUCGGGCGGAUAAUGCAGAUGCACGCCAACAAACGGGAAGAACACCAAGCCGUUUACGCAGGUGACAUCGCCGCCGCAAUUGGGCUAAAAGACCUCUCAACUGGUGAUACACUUUGCGAUCCGAAGGCACAUAUCACAUUAGAAACGAUGGUGUUCCCACUGCCGGUGAUGUCUAUCGCCAUUGAGCCUCGAACCCAAUCUGAUAUUGAUAAACUCAACCUUGCCCUCUCAAAACUCGCUGAAGAAGAUCCGACCUUUAAAGUGCAUCAAGACAGCGAAACAGGACAAACAUUAUUGUCCGGUAUGGGUGAACUUCAUCUUGAAAUCAUCGUCGAUAGGCUCGUGCGCGAGUUUAACGUUUCGGCGAAUGUUGGUAGCCCAGAAGUCGCCUAUCGGGAAACGAUCCGCAAAGCAGUUAAGUCUGUGGGACGUUUCGUACGUCAAUCUGGUGGUAGAGGUCAAUUUGGGCACGUUGUGAUCGAGGUUGAACCUCUUGAGAAAGGAACAGGCUUUGAAUUCAUUAACGAAAUCAAAGGUGGCACUAUUCCGCAAGAGUACAUCCCAGCAGUGCGGAAAGGCAUUGAGAACGCGAUGAAUACGGGUGUCUUGGCAGGCUACCCAAUUGUUGAUGUAUCCGUAAAACUGGUAGACGGUUCACAUCACCCUGUAGACUCAUCAGAAAUGGCGUUCUCUAUCGCUGGUUCGAUGGCGUUUAAAGACGCACUGAAGCGCGCUACGCCGACACUCCUUGAACCAAUUAUGGACGUUGAGGUUAUCGUCUCCGACGAAUACCUCGGCAAAGUGAUAGGUGAUUUGAAUUCGCGGCGUGCACAGAUACGUGAGACAGAAAUGCAAGCGAAAUCUCGUAUUCAAGUUAUUCGUGUUGAUGUUCCUCUCUCAGAAAUGUUUGGGUACGUCAAAACUCUUAGGUCACUCACACAGGGUAGAGCCAACUACUCUAUGGAGUUUUCACACUAUAACGAAGUCCCAACAAGCGUGAUGGAAGACUUAAUUUCAUCAGCGAAUCGUUAA